AUGAAAACGAGACGAGAUCACAUGCAUUCGAGAGAUCGUAAAAAAGACGUUCUGGUAAGGGAAAGACGAGAAUUACACGGGCGGCACAGCGAUAGCGGUCGUGAUGGUCGUAAGAUUUCUAGCCGACGUCAUAGUGGGAGCCAUCAUUUACAUAGGAAAUCCAGGAAUGAUACUUUCGGUAAAGUCAAAGACAUUAAUCCAAAUCUCUUUGAUCCUCGUGUGACUGAUCGUUUUACCUCGCAGAUUGAUUUGAGAGUGGUAAAUCGUCAUGGAAGGAACGAGAGUACUUGGCCGUUCUUACGUGGAGAAAGAAGAGUCGGGAACUCUUGCUUUGACCGGAAUGAAGCCUUUAGAGCUACUGAACUUGCAAGUAUUAUUGGUUGUGUCGGUCGGUCUAUUCUAGUCUUAAACUCCGUUUCGCGUUAUCAAAACUUGACACUUGCGCUUUAUGGUGUUCAGACUGUUUGGUCUAUCCAAGGGUUACGUGAAUUACUUUUAAAAAGUGAUGCGAUUGAGACGUCGUACACUGUCUUUGAGCUAUUUUCUUUGCAAAGUCAGCCGUGUAAAGAGAGUUUGGCGGAAUUUAGAACCGGAAUGUCUUACGUUCAGUGGCCUCGUUAUUUAAAGGAGAUUGGUGAAGCCCAUCGCAAUGAUUUUGGCGUGGACUCAUGGGAUGCAGAAAGUCGCCAUCAGCGCGAGGUCAGAGCUUUGCCAGAAGAGAAAUCUUCCCGUUAUUCAGUAUCUCCAGUUUCAUGGAAACGACGUUCUCCUGAGGCGAAUGGUUCAAGAUAUUACAGAAGAAGCAGGUCCCGUUCGAAGAGCUCCCCUAGAAGCUCAUGGGAUCGUCAUUCUCAGGUGCUUACUGACGAGAGAGUUGCGUGGAGAAGAACACCGACUCCUAGCCAUAGUUACUCGGAAAAGCGAUUGGUGCGGUGUUCUUAUAAGGAGGACUCCUGGCAUAAUCGCCCAUUUGAGCAAAGGAACUUUCAUUUUGUCGAAUCAGUCGAUGAACAUUUUCUUGCAAAUGAUACUCACUGGUGUUCGAUAUCGAGAUCAAGGACCCGGCUUUCUCCCACUAGAAGCGAAACUGCGAGGAAUGGUUGUGCCACUGAAGGCCGAUUUGUACCUCUGUCUCGACAUUCGCCAGGAACGGGGCCACGGUCUAAUGAAGAGUUUGAUGAAAGAAGUUCGUCGUUGGAAAGAGUUAAUUCGGUUUUGGAAAACCCGUCAGCUGUGCGUUAUCAGGCUUGUAGUAGUCGUGAGCAAAUAUCUGGAACUCCUUAUUCAUAUGGAAAGUUUGCGAGCGAUCGUGAUAUACGACAGUCAACUAAUGAUUCCUCUGACAUUCGAGGCAUGGUUGGCAGUAUUGAUAACAUUGUCGGUGGUCAAGGGAAGUUGCCGAGUGAAAUGAAUUUGACUCCGGCACAGAUAGCACAUGCGCGUGAACUUCUUGAGGAGGUUUUUCGCAUUGUUUCUGGAAGCGAUAGAGUAUCUCAACAACAGAAUGUUGUACCGCCGAAAUCAGUUUCAUUGCUGUCCACCUCCCAUCCAGAAAGAUUGUCUUCAAGGAGCCCAGAGCAUCACAGGGAGGAUCGACGGGAGCAGCACGCGCUAUUUGUGAUUGAAUCUGUGAGACACAAUUGGAGGACAGUUGCAGAAUUAAUUAUUUUCUUGAAAGUGUUUAAUAAUGAAGGUUUGUAUGAAAGAUGGAAAAUUCCGGGUUUUGGAACUAGAGAAGAUGAAUUGCUUUCCAUAAUUUAUCGAAAGACUUUUCAGACGCUGAUUUCUGGAAAAAUCAAGAAACAGGAUCUCUUCGGUUACCAAGGUCUAUGGAUUGUGGUAACUCUUCCACAGUUUUUGGAAAGCACAACAUUGAACGUUGAUUUUCAAGGAGGAGAUAAUGAAGAAUGGAUUAUGGUACAGUUAAAAAAUUUGAAGCAGGGUGCUUCUGAAUUGAGCGGAGUGGCUUCUCAGUUCUUAUCAAGCUCCUUUAAGUAUUCGAAACUGAGUUGCGCUCGUGGUGCCGGAUAUGAGACAGGACUUUCUUCAGUUAAUUGA